CUGGCUUCCUUCCAGGCAGCUGGAGGAGGAGAUCUGCGACUGUGGUAGCAACUGCCCCGGGGAGGGCGGGCGAGACUCUCUGCAGCCAGCGUGGAGCCCGAAAUCCAGCCAUGGCGAGCUCCAAGCGACAGAAGAGUGGCACGAAUUCCUCAGAAGAAAUCCACAUGGACAGCAAGAACAUAUUACAGUACAAAGUAACACAUGAGCAGCAAAGCUUCACUGAAACAGAUGCCAAUGGUGAAAGGAUCCGCCAGCUCUUUGAUCCAUCUGUGGAAUACAAAAUGAACCACAAGAGAAGAGGACUUGCUUUGAUCUUCAAUCAUGAGAGGUUUUUCUGGCACUUAAGGUUACCAGAGAGACGUGGCACCCUUGCUGACCGAGAUAAUCUGAACCGCUGCUUGACUGAACUUGGAUUUGAAGUGAAAUGCUUUGAUGACCUUAGAGCAGAAGAAGUGUUGCAGAACAUUUAUAAUGUGUCUGCAGGUCAACAUGAAGAUGCAGAUUGUUUUAUGUGUGUUUUCCUGAGCCAUGGAGAAGAUAAUCAUGUUUAUGCCUAUGAUGCUAAAAUAAAGAUACAAACGCUGACCACUAUGUUCAGAGGUGACAAAUGCCCUAGCCUAAUAGGGAAGCCAAAAAUAUUCGUAAUUCAGGCAUGCAGAGGAGAUAAACAUGAUGAUCCCGUCUUUGCUCAUGAUACAGUGGAUUGUACCACAGAAGGUCCACUCAUCAAUGAAACCAAAGUUGAUGCUGCUGCAGUUUAUACUUUGCCUGCUGGUGCUGACUUCCUCAUGUGUUACUCUGUGGCAGAAGGUUUCUUUUCUCAUCGGGAGACUGUAAAUGGUUCUUGGUAUAUUCAAGAUCUGUGCGAGAUGAUACAAAAGCAUGGUGCUUCCCUGGAAUUCACAGAAUUACUGAUGCUUGUUAACAGGAAGGUGUCUCAUCGCAAAGUGGAUAUAUGCAAAGAUGUUCAAGCUAUAGGGAAAAAACAGAUCCCUUGCUUUGCAUCAAUGUUAACUAAAAAACUGCAUUUCCACCCCAAAUCUCAUAGUAGCAUGGUGGAGUAAUAACCAUUUUUGUGUGUGGAGGUGGUGGGUGGUGGUGUGCUCCACAGGACUCAAGCCAAAGCAUAUGGCACUCUUGAAAUAGUUUGCAGCUAAAAUUUUAUAUCUACUCACCUGAAAAUAUGCCCCAUUAAACUCAGUGAGACUUGGUUCUGAGUAGACAUAUAGAAUUGCACUGAUAAUUUCAAGUAUAUGUUUAGUUAGUGUAUAGCCAGUUUACCUAAAAUGAGAUCUCCAGGAGAUGGUGAAUUAAAACCAUUACAAAAUUAUGAGCAGAUCCAUGCAGUAAAAUCAGAACCAACAAUUGCAGGUUUUUGUAAUGCUGUCAAUAUAAAUAGAAAGUUUCAGAACUUAAAAAGAAUUAACUAAAAGGCAAAGAGAAAUUCAAAUUUUACUUUAAAAUUUGAAAAAAAAAAUACUUCUAUGAAGUUUAACACCUCAGGCAGAAAUACUUUUAGAAUUUAACUUGAAAUUCUUAGAUGUUCUGCUACCCUCAGGGAGUUUUAAAAAUAAGGUCAGCAUGGACGUUGGGAUCAUAAAGGAUAGUUAAUCAAAAGUUAGCUGUCUUUAGCUUCACCUUCCAUAAUGGAUAUUAUAAUGGAUAUUUUGUACUAAAAUUGGUUAAAUUUUUAUACUCUUGUUUCUACACAUAUAGUAACUGUCUUGUGAGAAUCAUUUUCUUAAUUUGUUUGUACUACAUGAAGUGUUCCCACACUUAACAUAUUGGAAAAAUGAGUUAUGCAACCAUCACUGAAAUUGUGACUCCUUCAGUUAGUUACAGCAGUUCCUGAUAUCCUGUGGAGUUACUGCAAAUUGACUGACUCAAAUACUGCAUUAUUUUCCAGGCAAACAAGCCUUAGAUAGUACUGUGACAACUGGGUGGAUCAUCUCAAAGGAGAUUAAUUUGUCCCUGAGAAACCUUGCUUCAUAAAUUUCUCAGGUUCUAUGUGCAUGUGAGAUAGUUUGUGCAUGUGUAUAUAAGGAACUUUUUUUUUCUUAACAUCCUAAACAAGACACUCAGAAGACAUCCAAAACUAGUAUCUGUUUUUAUUUAGUUCAUUAUGAAAAUUGCAUUCAAAUAUAAGCACCCAAGAAUAAAAUAAUCCUUUAGAAACA